UCCCGCUCUUUCUCCGCUCCUCCAUUUCCGGGUCUUCUUCGUAGUAACACACUUCGAGGUUCCAAAAUUAGCCAGAGAGUUGCUAUGGCCUCAUCAACAGCAGAAUUGAACUGUUUGUACAAUGUCAUCAAAAGACAUUACAAUUCUCAGGAGUCCCUCAAAUUAGAGGAACAGCAUAUCAGACUGUCUGGGCAUGAAAUGGAGAAGGUCAGAGGAAUUAAAAGUUGUACAACUGCAUUUAAGAGGGAACUGUGGAAACGUUUUAGGACUUUACUCGUGCGUCAACUGAAAGAGAAUGAGGUCAAACUCAUCCAAGAAUUAAAGGAGCCAAAAUCAGCUGGUGACUGGAAUGUGGUGGACUAUUUGGUGAAAUACGUCUCUACACCGUUAGAAGAGCGCAUCAACUUACCUGUUCCACCCGCCUAUUUGGUCAAGCCUGCCUCUAAAGGUUUAAAUAUGGCUAAAACUUGGUGCUUAGAAAGGUUGACGGCUUGUGGAAGAUUUUGCGGGAUCCUGUUUAAUGUUUUGCUGAUGAUAUGGAUUUCCAAGGGUGCUUCCAGAAUAUGGCCUGGCCCUUCUGAUACUCGUGGCAGUGACCACACAGAUAACUCCCCCGCUAAGCCCGACACUCCUCCCACUAGCACUGACAACAAGGACAUGCGAUCUACCAAAAAUGAUGAUAUAAGUGUACAAGUUGCUGCCAAAGGAUUGAAGAUGCUCCUCGAGAGUUCUCUUGGUGUCUGAUGAAAUGAGUUCACGGUUCAGGAUACAAGCUAAAGGGAUGACAUUUGUCAAUAGUGCAUCUUGGAACAUGAAACUGCCAGUCAACAAAGCACAUCCUCUGCCUUUUCAAAUGAUUUCAUAAUUUUCGGUCAGACAAUUUCAUUUUUUGCGGAACACCUUGUGUCCUUCAAAGUUCAAACCAGCUUAUUAAUGCAUAUACCAUGUAAAGAGUCUCUGUGUCCUUUUUUGUGGAACACUUUGUGUCCUUCAAAGUUCAA